CAGUCGUUAUAUUUUGUUAAGUGGAAAGUGAUUAAUUUGUGAUUACCCAAAUGAUUCAUUCUAAUAAAAAAUAAACCAUAAAUUUCGUUAUACUUUUAUUUAUAUCAAGAAACUGCUUAUGGUUUUAAAAUAAUUAUAACUAAUGUGAGCAAGAAAUAUCUGAAGUUAUAUUCAAUUGUGAAACGAAUUAAAUAUUAAAAAAAACAUUAUGAAUUUCUUUAAGAAACCACCAACAAUAAAAGAACAACAGAGGGAAAAUGAUCGUGAACUCCGAAAGGCAAGCAGAGAUCUGGAUAGAGAUAAAGCUGCUCUUGAAAGGGAAGAGAAAAAAUUGGAAAUGGAUAUAAAGAAAAUGGCUAAGGAAGGUAAUAAUGCUGGUUGUAAAAUUUUAGCAAAACAACUAGUACAAUUGCGAAAUCAAAAGACUAGGCUAUAUUCAGCUAGUAGCAAGAUAUCCAGUGUACAAAUCCACAAUAAAGCUAUGGGUGCAAAUGUUGCAAUUGCUGGUGCUAUGGGAACAACAGCUAAAACUAUGGGAAGUAUGAAUAAGAUAAUGAAUCCACAACAAAUUGCCAAAAAUAUGGAGGCUUUCAAGCAUGCCAAUGCUAAAAUGGAAAUGACUGAUGAGAUGAUAUCAGAAACAAUGGAUGAUAUAAUGAAUGAAUCAGGCGAUGAGGAAGAAACCGAAGGAAUUAUUAAUCAAGUUCUUGAUGAGAUUGGUAUUGAAGUCAGUGGCAAGAUGGCAAAUGCACCAUCUGUAUCUAGAAAUAAAGUUGGUGAAUCGACAACUGAUGCGGACAAGGAAAUUAUGGCGCAGCUCGCGAAAUUGAAGUCAAGUUAAUGUAUUGUAGCAAAUAUAUUUAUUCUAAAUGCUUAUAAAUCUAUACUUAGAGUCGGCAAGUAAAAUUUAUAUUAUAUACCUGAUUAUUUAACUAAUUUAAGGAAGGUCAUAAACUUGAAAACUUUACUAAAUGGCUAAGUGUUAAGAAAUGUUAUGAUUUUAAUCUAAGACACAAAUCCUUAAAAUCCAUCCGUCCAGAUUUUUUAGGGCUGCCCGAAAAAAAAUUGAAGAAAUAUUUCACUAAUUUAAAAAUAUGUUUUAAGGCCAGUAGGUGUACACCAGCAAUAGGUAAAUUCUAAUAAAAAAAUUUUUUGAUACAUUUCUGUAUGAGAAAAUUUAAACCAUUUUAUGGACUUAUUUUAUAUUUACAUGCGAACAUGCAUUGUUAAAAUAAUUAGUAUUGUAAACUAUAAUUGUAUGAAAAGAUCAUAUGUUUGAACAUAUAGUUUGUACUAAGGUCUUUAUGAUGGAGACAUUUGUCCCCAUAGAAAUAGGCUAUCUGGUAGCUGGUGUAAUGUGGUUAUUAUCUUUUUAAAGCCAGAAAAAUAUUGGCCUUGCUGGUAUAUAUUAUUAAAAAAAAAUCUACUCCCAUGGGGGUCGAAGGGUAGUAUUUAUAGUUAAGCUUCAUAUAAGAAGAACUGGUGAUAUAUUAUUAUAAUUUGUAUAAUCAUUAAAAUGUUUAAACAAC